UUUACUCGACCAGUCAAAGAUGUCCUGGCAAACGAAUAUCUCUGACAUAACACGUAGAUUAUUUCAUCUUCUGGAAUCUCACGAAAUGAGUGAUGUCACUCUGAUUGUUGGUGAAAAUGAGGAACGUUAUCCGACACACUCUUGGCUUCUCUCUAUGUAUAGUGAAGUGUUCUACGCCAUGUUUUAUGGCCCUAUGGCGGAGAAGAAACGGGAUAUCUUACUACCUAAUGAUGAUCAGAAAGCCGUUUCUAUUUUUAUAAAUUAUAUAUAUACAGAUAAAAUAGUAAUACGUUCAAUAGAAGAAGCCAUUCAUGGGUUACAUUUUGCGGAAAAAUACAUGAUAACGUUUAUGAAGGAGCAAUGUUUAUUAUAUCUUACAAAGUAUAUAUCGUCAGAUACCGUUCUCGAAAUAUACGAAACAGCAGCCCUACUUCAACAAAAUGAAUUAACAACGAAAUGUUGGAAUUACAUAGUUAAUAACGCAUCAGAAAUUAUUAAGCACGAUAGCGUUAAAAAUGUGAAAUAUGAAACUAUUUUGAAGAUUGUAUCGGAAGAUAAUUUAACGUUGCAAUCGGAGUUAGAUAUGUAUAACGCUGUCAUAAAGUGGGGUAAAGAAAGAUUUCAAGAUCAAUCUCCCGGGGAUCUUCGAAAAAACUUAGAGCCUUUGUUGCAACAGAUCAGAUUUUUAAGUAUGACUUCUGCAGAGUUUGCGGAAUCUCCGUGCCAAGAUGGUAUUCUUACUCACGAUGAACAGAUUGAUAUAUUUAGAGAAAUUUCUACGUCAAAGACUUACGAUAGUAACAAUAUACUGGACCAGUGGAGAAAACGGAGAGAAGCGGUUAAGUCGAGAAAGGUUUAUCAAUGUCCAACGUAUGUAUUAUAUCAGUAAUGUCAUACAAAUCAAGUUAAUUAUAAUUAAAAUGAAAAAUAAAACUAAAAAUUUAUUACUGUUUACUAGGAAUACAAAUGUAUGUAUAGUUUAAGGUAAUUCAGAUAAAUGUGAACAUUUGUAUAUGUGAGGUCCCAGACGAUGUCCGAAAUCGCGUAAAUCGCGGAAUUUUUGUGUUUAAAUUAUAAUGAUAGAUUAUAUAAGAGAAAGAGAAUAUAAGAUUAUAUAAGAGAGAAAGAGAAAAAAAACCCUUUAUCUAAACAACGAGUCCCGGGACUACUCCAACACGUGUUAAACAAUCUGUCAAUGUCAAAUCGAGAGAUGGAACUUUGACACAAACGCUCGUAUACAAUCGAAAUAGAUUAAGAAAUUGUGAAAAAGGAGAAGGUUCGAUGGUCAAAGAGACAUCGCGCUGGAUCGUUCGAAUUCUAAAAUGUCAUAAUAAAAGAAAUAAAGGGCUAAGUAAUGAGCGUGGAGGUAUAGACAGUGGUGAUAUUCGAAAUAUUUAAC